AUGGCCUCGUCACUCGCUAGGAACUCGCUCAGACGAGCGCUGCUCUACGUCCCUGGCUCGUCCCAGAGAUUCCUCGACAAAUCCCGUUCUCUGGCAGCAGACUGUGUCGCGUAUGACCUCGAAGACAGCGUCACUCCGCACAAAAAGGCCGAGGCCCGGCAGCUCGUGCGGAGAGCCAUCGACGAGUCGCCUCCACCACAUAUUCGCGAGCGCGCGGUGCGCAUCAACUCGGUCGAUAGUGGGCUGGCCUUGGGUGAUCUGACCGAAGUUUUGAAAUCGCCAAACCUGACAACCCUUGUCGUCCCCAAAGUCAAUUCGGCUUCAGACCUCACUUUCAUCCACGAUGUCAUCACGCAUACUCUAGGCGACUCGGCGUCUUCGCGGCCCCCGAUUUCCGUUCUGGCUCUGGUCGAGUCUGCCAAAUCGAUUACCAAUCUGAAUGAAAUCUGCAGGGCCAGUCCUCUUCUCCAGGGCCUGAUCUUUGCCGCCGAGGACUUUGCUCUCGAUCUAAGUAUUACGCGGACGCCAUCACUGAGUGAAUUCUUGUUUGCGAGAUCGGCCAUUGUGACCGCUGCCAGAGCGCACGAUCUGCCCUCGACAAUCGACCUGGUCUGCACAUCGUACAAAUCCGCAGACCCAGCACACAAGGGCCCGCCACCGGUGCUAGAAGAAGAGUCUCGAGGCGGAAAGCGACUAGGGUUCAAUGGAAAGCAGUGCAUCCACCCGACCCAAGUCGAGACUGUGCAGCGCGUGUUUAGUCCCGAAGCUGAAGAAGCCGAAUGGGCUGUGAGAGUGGUGAUUGCCGACGCCAAAGCGGCGCAGGCGGGCAGAGGCGCGUGGUCACUAGAUGGGAAAAUGAUUGAUGUCCCCGUGGCUGAAAAGGCCAAGGCGAUUGUACGUCGAGCAGAGGCGUGCGGAUUGGAUGUCUCUAGUCUACGGGAGCAAUGGAAGGGACAGGAGCCCGAGUAA